ACAGGUCUUGGCGUUCUACACCGAGUCUUUGCCUUGGAUGUCUGUGACCGGACCUGCGGAGAAGGAGAGAAGAGCUUGACCGAGACCUUUUAGUAACCGAAUCUUGAAUACCUGAAGUUCGUAGACUCGGUACUCUUGCUAGAAUCAUCGCACCAGGUUCGCUACCAAGUACCUAAGUAGCCUGCCAGUUGCCCUAUCCGUUCCUGGCAGCCCAUACUUCCUCGUAGAUUGUCGAGCUUCGUGGCUGCAUCUCCUGCACCUUCCACCGCAACUGCCUAGGUAUACACUACUUAGCUACCUUUACCUCCAAGUACCUUAGCUACCUACAUCCUACUCCUACAUUCACCACAAAACCAACCAGCCUCAACAACCUCAACAAAUUCGUCCUACCUACUCCUCUUCUCCUUUCAACUCCUGUCGUCCAUCUCCUCUCACCACCCCGUCACCUCCACACCGCGUUCUUGACCUUGGUCCGGUCUUGCACCUCUCCUCACCACCGACAUCAUGGCCCCCAUCACCGAUGAAAAGUUCAACGACCUGAAGGACCAAUAUCACCAGUUGGAAGAAAGAGUCAAAAGGCUUGAACACUCUCUAAAGACUGGCGAGAGCAAACCAUCCAUCUCCGAGUCCAUGCGCAUGAUCCUCAUCGGUCCACCGGGUGCUGGCAAGGGCACUCAAGCUCCCAAGAUCAAAGACAAGUACUGCGUCUGCCACUUGGUAUGUCCAUCUCAAUGCCUGUGUGCGGCCAAUUCCCAUUAAUUCAUAUUUCUACCUGCAGGCCACCGGAGAUAUGCUGCGAGCCCAGGUCGCCAAAAAGACUCCUCUUGGUCGGGAAGCUAAAAAGAUCAUGGAUCAAGGUGGUCUGGUCAGCGACGAUAUCAUGAUCAACAUGAUCAAGAACGAGCUCGAUACCAAUAGAGAAUGCGCCAAUGGUUUUAUCCUGGAUGGCUUCCCUCGCACCGUCGCUCAAGCUGAAGGCCUCGAUAGCAUGCUCAACGCCGAAAAUAAGCCGCUCAAACAUGCCAUCGAGCUUCAAAUCGAUGAUGGUCUGCUUGUAUCCCGUAUCACGGGCCGUUUAGUCCAUCCCGCGUCCGGCCGAUCCUACCACAAAGUCUUCAACCCACCGAAGCAGCCCAUGACCGAUGACAUUACUGGCGAGCCCCUGAUCCAACGAUCCGACGACAACGCAGAAACCCUGCAGAAGAGACUGGGCACCUACCAUGCCCAAACAACUCCGGUCGUCGGAUAUUACAAGACCAAGGGCAUCUGGUCUGGUAUCGAUGCGAGCCAGGAACCCGCACAAGUUUGGAAGAGCAUCUUGGGCGUGUUUGGUGAUUCCACGGGAUCCUCCUCGAGCAAGAUCCUUAGCAAGAUUGGUCUACGGUAGAUGCAUAUGGGAGGACAAUGACUUGUCUGAAUGGCACGGUGGUCGCAGUCUCUUUGAUUGCUUUGAGCCACUGACGAGGAUCAGCGAAUGACGGCCAAGACAUGCUCAUGUUUUGGUCCAGGAUGACUUUUCGACGAGGUUCAGGACAAUCGAAUUGUCAAUGUCUGCAUGUGUAAAAGAUACUGGGUUUUGGGAAGGCCAAAAUCUGCAUCGGUGAGUGGAACCUCGCGACAAAAGUUUCCUGACUCGAGUAUAUAGCUUGCACCCAUAGCGAGGGACGAAUACCAAAAGAACAAGAUAAUCUCCAGCA